AUGUCUCAGGAACACUUGCUUAAUAUCGAGCGUAAUUCAAGCUUCAAAGGUGUUCAUAUACAUGGAAGGCCUUCCGACUUAAUUUUUGAUGUUCAUUGCUUGGGGGAUAACAUUGCCUCGAUCAACAACUCUACAUCAGACAACGGGGACAUGCACAACUAUCGACUCAUGGUUCCUGGCUUAUGCCAUCCUCACAUACAUCUUGAUAAGUGUUUCUUGUUGUCACAUCCUAAAUAUGCAGACCUAGAGAUCACCGAGGGCGACUUUUCUGAGGCAAUGAACUUAACCAGUGAAGCAAAGUCACGAUUUGAACAUGAUGACCUCAUGGAUAGGGGAAGGGCUUUGAUUGAGGAAAGCAUCCGAUUCGGUGUAACUCACAUGAGAGCUUUUGUCGAAGUAGACUUUGGUGUUGAAAUGAAGUGUUUGGAUGCUGGAUUGGCAUUAAAGUGGGAAUUCCGUAACAAGUGUUAUAUUCAAAUUUGCGUAUUCGCCCAGGAUCCAAUAUUUAGCCAUGACUAUGGGUCUCGAUCAAUGACGGGUUUGCUCGAGCAGGCAAUCAAAAAACCUGGGGUCCAGGCUAUUGGGAGCACCCCAUACGUAGAAAAGAGUCCCGCGCUCCAGGAAAAAAAUAUUCGAUGGACUAUUGAAACAGCGAAAUUGUACAAUCUACAUUUGGACUUCCACCUCGACUAUAAUCUAGAUGCAGAUCAAAAACCCGCGGUCCAUUCAGUAAUCGAAAGACUCCAUCAAGUUCAGUGGCCGAUUGACAGAGGUAUUGCAGGCUUCAGAACAGUUGUGCUUGGUCAUUGCACUCGACUCACGCUCUUCGACGAAAAUGCCUGGCGAAGCCUUCGUCAUGAGAUUGGCAAUCUACCUGUCUCAUUUAUCGGACUACCUACAUCGGAUUUAUUCAUGAUGGGGCGGCCUGAAAAAACCACCGGCGGGAGUAGCAGAGUCAGGGGCACACUUCACAUCAUCGAAAUGAUCAAGAAAUAUGACUUCAAUGCAGCCAUGGGAAUUAACAAUGUUGGGAAUGCCUUUACUCCAUACGGUAACUGUGAUCCUAUGAGUCUUACAAGUCUUGGUGUGGGCAUCUAUCAAGCAGGUACGAAGGAAGACGCUGAGAUUCUACUGGAAUGUGUAUCAACAAGAGCUAGGGUAGCGAUUGGCCUCGGUCGUGAAUCUAGCCUUAAACUUGAAGUUGGAGAUCCCGCGUGUUUUGUCAUUUUUGGUAAGAAUGGGCCCCAGAACUUUAGAGCUAGAAAGUCAAUCCACGAGUUGGUGUAUGAUUCAGGCGUCGAACGAACGACUAUCUUCGAAGGAAAAGAGGUCAGCUCUCCAUAA